CGCCCACCAGCCCAGCCAAGUGUCUAAAUCAGUCGUCUACUCACCUGACCAUCGAGCUACUCACACACACACAAAGAGAGGAAGAGAGAGGUUAAAAAGCGGUCAAAAGCGGUCAGGUCACUACUGAGAGGUCUCACAAUGUCGCUCAACCUACCCCUCACCCUCUCUCUCUCUCGCCCCCUCUAUGUCCCUCCCUGCCGCGCUGGCCGCGCCCACGCCAUACACAAAGUCCAAAGCCGCCGUCAGAUGCUCCUCUGCCGCGAGAUACAGCGCAAACCCUGCAGAGGGGUCCUGCAGCAGUGGCAGCGUCGCCGCGAUGAAGGCUGUGGGAGGGAGGGGCGUUGGGGCGGUGGUGAGACACUCGUGCAGACGCUGCAGCAGCUGCACACACACACACACACAGAGAGAGAGAGAGGGAGGGUGGAGGAGCGCCCACAUUCGCUCAGCUCACCUGUUGGCAGAUGUGUGGCUGUCUGAAGAUGGCCGCCACGCAGUUGACGGCCUCCUGCGCCUCUGGCAGAGGUACCCCACUCGUCGACUGCAGCUGCUCGACCACACCCACACCGUUGGGCAUGACCUCGGCCUCUGGUGCUGGUGGUUGUGGUGCUGGCAGAGGGGAGGGGGCGAUGUGCAUAGACUCUGCGCGUGUGGCCGUGAGGACUGCUGGUUGAGCUGCCGGUGGUGGUGGCGGUGGUGCGGCCAUCAGCCGUUGCAGCUCUCUGCAGACAAAGACACAGAGAGAGAGGGAGAGAGAGGAAGAGGGAGAGGGAGGGGGGGAUGGAUGGCUUAGGAGAGAGGCUACUCUUCGAUUCUGGCGUGUUCGUCCUCAAUCUCGUCAAUUUCCGACUGCAGCCGCGCCAUCGAGUGGCCCUCCACCGGCACACCGUUGCCGACGGCAUCACCACCACCAUCACCACCAGCAGGCUUGGCGGCCUCCUCUGCACACACACACACACACACACGGACACACGCAGAGAGAGAGACGGAGAGAUAUGGUGAACGGAUCAUUUUCUCACCGGCAUUUCCAUUCUUCUUCUGCUGCUGCUGCUGUGGUGUGUGUUGGGCUGCUUCCUUCUCGCCAUCUCCAGCUGCAGGCGUCGCACCGACCUCGACAUCGACAUGGACGUGCAGCAGCCGCAUGGCGUUGCUCACACAGGGCCACGGCGAGGCCCCCCACCCACUGAAGAGGUUCCGCGCCUUGACCACCCAGUCCUCAGCCAGUGACAGUGACAGCCCCAUCUGAGGAGGGAAAUGCGCCGCCAAGGCGAGCGUCUCUGCGAGAAAUGGCGCGCUGAGAGUGACGAUGCCUGCACACACACACACACACACACACAGAGUGAGAGAGAGAGAAAGAGAGAGAGAGAGAGAGGUAUCACUCACUCAGUCUGUGUGCUUACCGGCCUCUCCAUCAACCGCCGGCCGCAGCGGGUGCAUCUGGUCCAUGGCGGGGCUCCAUGCAAGCGAAAUCAAACCCAUCAGACAGCUGGGGGCGACCGUGUUGCCAUAUUUGUCACCACCGCCACCGCCAGCCCCAUCCGUCAGCGAGCGGAAGAACAGGUCGGUGAGCCACUCGAGCAGCCGAAGGAGGGUGGGCGGCUGGCAGGGAGCGAAGAGGGCGGUGAGGGUGGCGGCGUCACACUGACUGAGGUACUCUGCCAACACCUACAAUGAGAGAGAGAGAGAGGGAGGGAGGGGAUGGAUGGAUGGAUGAUACACGCACACAGAGAGAGAGAGAGAGGCUUACCUGGACAAUCCGCGAGAGCAGGGCGCUUCUCAGCUCUGCACUGUCCACCACGCCCGCCACACCCAAGUCGACAGCCGCCCCCAAAGCCACGAGCAUCAGCACGGGAUGGCCGCCCUCAUUCUCCUUCACCAAACCCCGAUAAGCAUAACCCUGAGAACACCCCUGACCCCUCACACGCGCCGACAGCUCCUCAAGGGAAUCGAGCACUGCUGUCUGCGGAUGUGGCUGUGGUGGUGGUGACGAUAGUGUCGAUUCCUUCCACAGGCCCAGCACGCCAUCGCCACCACUCAUUUGCUGGUGGCUGCCGUGGUGGGAGUCCGUCAUGAGCAGGGACCACACACGGUGGGCAGGGAGGGAGGGGUGGAUGGACACCCACUCGCAGGGCGGCUGGAGCGUCAGCAGGACGGCUGUGAGAGAGAGCUCCUCCCUGUCUCUGCAGAGGUCCUGCGCCGCGAUGAACACCGUGAGCGCCUCGGCAUACACCUCUUUCGGCCACAUUGCCCCAAUCUUGCCAUCAAGCAGCGUCUGCAGGAGGCUCAGACACGCCAGAUGGACACAGCUCUUGAGCAGCACAGCAGCGCGGCUGUCACACUGUUGAAGUUGAAGCAGUCGCGCCAUUAGCCGAGCGGCCAGCUGCACCAUGGCCAUGGCGUUCGUCGGCUCCCGCAGGGCGAUGUGGAGGGGCAUGCACCCGACGACCCUCUCCAGCACCAUGGCCGUCAGCUCACAGUCGUCACGCGUCUCGAAGGACACCAGCAGUGGCGGCAGCACACCGAUGUGUUGCUGCUGCUGAGAGGUGAGAAGGUUCCCCGCUAGGACGUUCGGCGACAGAACGAUCUCUGCGACUUGCCGCCGGCCGUCCAGCACUGUGGCUCUGUCCACUGCUGCUGCUGCUGCUGUUGCUGAGGGUGAGGAGCUCUUGGUCAACAGGGGUGUCCCAGUGCCCAUGAUGGCCUCUUGCAGGUCUUCCAUCUGGCUGCUGAGGUCUUGCCGCGAUGUGGUGCUGACGGCGGGGAGGGUGUGGAGAGCUUCGCUGGCCUCCCACUCGGCCAAGGAGAGGUACCGACGCCCAUCUUCUCGAUAAGUGCGGCCAGCUGACCGCACAGAGAGACACACAGAGGACGACAGACAGAUGCCUCCAUGAACGGCCUCGUGUGUGUGUGAGGGGGGGGAGGAGGGGGGCUGACCUGGUGGCAGCUCUGUGAUGCCUUGAGCAGCAGCAGCAGCAGCCGGUGGUGGUGCUGUCUCAGAGGUGUCUUUGCCCAUGACAGCGGCACGCGCACGCCCCACCACGUCAGAGGCCUUCACCGGCUCACCCUCACCAUCGCCGCCAUCGCUCGUUGCUGUCGAAGAGAACACCUCCAGCACGAGCAUCGACACAAGCGCCGCCAACAGGGCGGGGUCGUCAGCUGACACCGACACCGAGCCCCCCUCUCCCUCUCCCUCUCUGUGUGUUGUGGCGGGCAGAAUGGGCGUGUAGAAUGUGGCGACGAUGCGGCGGAGCUUGUUGGUCUUGACGAGUGACCAGAGGGCGGCUGUGGUGUGGGGGCUGGCGGCGAGCUGCGCUAUGGCGGAGCGAGCACGGUGGGCGGCUUUGGUCAGCCACUGCUGGUUGUGUGUCUGUCUGGCGUGCCACCAGAGGCCUGACAGACAGGUCAACAGACAGACAGACAGACAGACAGUGGAUGAGGGAAGAUCCCAAGCUGCAUUGAGGAGGUCUCUCCGUCUCUCUCUCUCUCUCUCUGUGUGUGUGUGUGUGUGUGUGUCUUACUGAGCAUCAGGUCGCAGAGGUGCUUCAUGGCCUUGUCCGCCGUGUCAGCACCACCACCAUCAGCAGCGACAAGAACUACUCGCCCCCUCAGCGCUCCAAUCAGCCACUCACACAGCUCCCUCUGCACAUGCGCCACCGUCAUUGCCAGCACGAUGCUCGCCCACACCUGAGUGGCGCCACUCAGCAGCUCGCCGCCCCCCUCAGCAAUGGCAGCAUGCAGCGACCGCACCAGCAGGGACCCAUAGAGCUGCCGCAGCACCGGGGUGAUCUGCGCCCCUGCCAGUGCGUCCCUCAACGAGUCGCGCCUCUCCAAGUUGUCUGUCUCGGAGCUCGACGGCCGUCGCAGCGACAGGCCGAACUGCAGCUGGAUGACCCUGUUGUCGAAUGGCACCUUGGCAAGGAGGCCGUCGAGGGAGGCCAGAAACGAGGCCUCUGCAGGGGUGGGUGUGGCUGUGGGUGGCUGUGCUCCGAGGUCACGCAGUAGAGGGAGGGCGGAGUCGCCGUGGAAUGGCGCUGUUGAUGUAGAGGGGUGUGGCUGUGGCUGUGGCUGUGAGGGUGAGAGCACUGGGCGGCACGUCGACCAGAGAGCGUAGGUCACUAUGUGAGAUCUCGCCUGCAAACACAAGAGCCAGCAGCGCGCGUGUGUGUGUGUGUGUGUGUGUGAGAGGGGUUGGGACCUGCAGCAGCCCGACGGACUGCUUUGUGAUGUCCUCCAGACACCGCGACACGUCACCCCACACCCCACCAUCACCAGCGCCACCACCAGCAGCACACCCAAACAGCCACUUCAUCAGUGCUGACGGCUCCAGCCGCCUGUGACACCCACCACGACACACACACGCUCUCCCUCUCUCCCUCUGUCUCUCUGUGGCACUUUUCGCUCACCGAAUGGCGGCUGCAAGUAUGUCCAUCGCCCAGCACUGGACCUCCUGGUUGCAGGACGAGAGCAGCUCCACCAGCAGCCGAGAGAAGGGGCCGCCCGACGUCAGCCACGAGGCGAUGAAGCGGUUCGGGAGGAAGUGCGUCAGCUGGGAGAGCAGACACGCCACCUUAUACCUGUGAAGACACACACGCGCACCCCACACACACUCCCUCCGUCUCUCUCUCUCUCUCUGAAGGGUCAUUACUUGAGCGUCGCCUUCAACUGCGCGCCCUCCUGGCCCAUCUUGGUGGUCGGCAGGAGACACAGCUCGCUCAGCCGGCCAACCACAGCGGCCUGCCCGAGGGGCACCAAUGCGCUCGCCGCCUCGAGCACCGCCCCGCUCUCUCUCCGCCCUCCUCUCUCACCCACGCCCCAUGAGACCACAGCUAAGGACGGUUCUUGUUGGUCUGUGCGGUCAGCUGUCGCUGAUGCGGUUGCGGUGAGGAGUAGGCUGAGUGCGCCGUCGAUGACGGCCGUGGUGGUCUGCAGCUCCUGGACCAGCUGCACCAGCUGCCCGUUGGCUGAACCACACAGGCAACGAGGCACCACACACACAGACACGGACAGAGGUCUCUCUCUGUCUGUCUGUGUGAGUGUGGGUGUGUCAGUGGUGUGGGUCACCUGACAGCAGAAUCGCCUGUGCGAGCAGGUCCCCCAAGCCGCUCUCCCCGCCCAGCAGCUCGCGGCUCAGCGCCGGCGGCAUGUGCCUCGGCGGCGUCCUCAGCAGAUUCAGCGCACAAUACAGCAGCGGCUGGCUCCUCCUGCCCUCUCCCUCCCCCUCCCCCUCUCCCUGAUCCAGCUCGUCGUGACACAUACCGACGAGAACUGCCGGUGUGUGGACGGGCAGCGCGGCAGCAAAAUCGAAGGAGCCGCUCAGGGUGAGCAGCAGGUUCGCCAGCAGCCUCCCCGUCUCUCCUUUGUCACUCUCUCUCGAGCGGCGCCUUCUCCGCCCGAGUGCGUCAAGGAUCGCCGUGAUGCUCUCUCGCUGCAGCAGAAGGGACCUAAAGCCCGGCAGCGCCGUGAAGCGGGUCAACAGGCCGAGCAGCUCGCACGUCAGCUCUUCCAGCAUCAGCUCAGUGUGGCCAUCGUCAGACGCAGACACGGCCACGGUGAGGCUCCAGGUUAGGAACCGCACUCGGCUCUGCCGGGUGCCGAUCUGGUGGGCGAUUGCGUCGCUGAGCUGCUCGCUGCUUCGGGAGAGCAGGUGCAGCGUCCGCAGGCACAGCAGCAGGCAGAGAUGCGAUGAUGCUGCUGCUGCUGCUGCUGUGGGAGGGGAGAGGGAGGGGGAGAGGUUCCUGGCGCACCAGUCGAGUGUGCCGACCACCAGGCCGACAGAGGUGUCGUCCUUGAGAGCCUCCACGCCAUCGGGGUCGAGGCGCAGCAGUCCUACACACGACACACGCAGAUCAGAAUUUGUUUCUCGCCGGUUCAAUCGGCGUACCCAGGAAGAGCUGCAGCAGACACACAGCCGUUGCCGGCGCCAUUGCGGCUGCCGGCGUCCCCUCGUCAGACUGGGCGUCUACUGCUGUGUCUUCAUCUGCUAGGUGAGGGAGGGAGUAGAGGAUACCCUGACCGACCACACACACACACACACACAGGUGUCUGGUCUGGUGUGUGCAGGUCUUUCUUUCGCCCUCUUACGUGUCGGCGUAUGAGCGUGCCAGUGUCGAAGGUGCAGACCUUGCUCAGACGCAGCACCACUCUCACCAGCCGCGCACCGCCCCUCCCCGCCGCAAUCAGCCUCCACCCUUUAGCAAUCAACUCAUCCCGGCAAGAUCUCUGCUCUCUUGGGGGGUUUGGUGCCGUGGCCGCUGUGAUGACGGCCGUGAUCUCCUCGCACAGUGCCGCAGCCUCCUCGUCUGAGCUGCUGACUGGGGACAGGGUAUCGCCAUCGUCGUCUGGCGACGCCAGAUGGUGAUAUGCGUCAAUCUCAGUGUGCAGGCUGUCCAUUGAUGGCCACGGUGGGAAUACCUGACGCCCGCGCUAGCUCG